AAAGAACUGCUUCCACCCCAAAAACAUCUCCAAGCUCGGAUUCGAUCCGCCAUUGGAGCAACGUGGAGCUCGUCUCCUGCUCGUUUGCGCCAGGAACUGGGCAGCAAAAAGGUUCGGAAAUCUCAUUUCCUGAAUUCCCGUUUGUUUCUCAAGAAACCUUGGGCCUUAUAUUCCACUGAAACGGCGCCGUCUCCCUUGUUGACUCUUGCUAUUUAUUGGGGUUACCUGGUUACAGAAUACAGAGGCAUGCCCGCAUUGCGGCAUUGGGCAGUUAAAAAGGACAAAUCAGAGGAUUCUUGUUACAGUGUCGGAUUCAUUCUAUUCUAUUCUACUUUCGGAAUCGCGGGUGCGUGCGUCGUUACAGUUCCUGAAAUUGUUUGGCUUUCCAGAUUUGGGGAAGUGAAGGGAAUCACAAAGGUCAGGGCUUGUAAACCUCAAGCGCAAGCGACACACACUCAUUUCCCAAAUUCUAACCAAUCAAGGAAAAGGAACACAAAGAGAGCAAACAGCCGCCGCACGGAAAGCCGUCGUCACUCCUAUUCCCCCCCAGCAAAGCAAUAUUAAUUCCUUCCUCUUUAAGGAAGGCAGGUGGGAUCCCAAUUUAAACCCAAUAACAUCCUUCCAACUUCCCAUUUCGAGUUCGUGCUUUCUGUGUGGGGUUGCUCUGUCCUCGGCCUUUCUUCGACGCUGGAGAAAGUAUAUUAGAGUUUGGCAGCCUGAUUACAUUAUCAGCUAAGACGCGCAGAGUUUAUGUUUGAGAACUGAAAUAAUAGCUGUUGAUUCUUUAAACAGUAGAUAUGGAAACAGUUAACGAUGAGUUAGAAAUAAGUCAUGUUGUGGUAGAAAGGAAGGAAACACCAACGAAUCCGGAAAAUGUUGAUAGUACUAGUGCUACUGAAAAGGUCGAAGCAGGCAGCCUGCCUAUUUGUGAUAUAAAUAAAAGUAUCUCGGCUGUAAGUUUCUCUGAUGACAUUGGGGACAGUGGAACAGCAGUCACUGCAACUACGAGCAGUGUCGAUGGUUCUGAAGAAACCAUCAUGUUUCCAUUUUAUGUAAGGUUUCCUUCACAAUGUUCUAGGAGGAAGAAGCUGCUUAUUCUUGAUUUGAAUGGGCUUCUUGUCGAUGUAGUAACUUGUCCUCCAAAGGAUCGUACUCCAGACAAACGGGUUGGAAUUCGAUCAUUUUUUGUGAGGCCAGGUUAUCUGGAUUUUCUCAAUUUCUGCUAUCAAAGAUUUGAAGUAGCUGUCUGGUCAUCAAGAACAAGGCAUGUCCAACGCAUAUUCAGCUCCUUAGUACUUACUUCCCUAAAGAACAUCAAUAUCCUGAUUGAUUACUUGUUUGGAGAUAUGAAGAACCGUUUGUUAUUUUGUUGGGAUCUGUCCCAUUGCACAACAACACAGUUCAAGACAUUAGAGAACAAGCACAAACCUCUGGUGUUCAAAGAACUGACGAAGGUUUGGAAUAAAGAGGACCCUCAACUUCCAUGGGAGAAAGGGUACUUCAAUGAAUCAAACACGUUGUUAGUGGAUGAUUCUCCUUACAAAGCAUUACUUAACCCUGUAAGUUGAAUAGAAUUCUUCAUGUUUACUGCCAACCACUUAUUAUGAAUUGAUAAUCGAUGCCUCUAUAUUCCUUGAUGCUUAUUUCCUUUGUGGCGCUUUAUAAAAUGACAACACAGAUUAACUCUGGCAUCCAUCCUCAUCCCUACAGUUAUGAGGAUCUCAAAGAUAACUCACUAGGUACUGAUGGUGACUUGAGAGUAUAUCUUGAACAGUUAUCUGAAGCGGUGAAUGUACAGAAGUUUGUUGAGACAAACCCAUUUGGUCAAAAGGCUAUUGCUGAAGGGAAUGCAGAAUGGAGCUUUUACCAUGAAGUUAUAAGCACAUUGUAUCCUUCUCGAGUUGAAGGCGGAAAAUACGUAUCUUCGGUGUUAACUUGAUGGAAGAAAGCCCUGUAGGUCGGGUAGGAAAGUAGCCAAGCAUUUUCCUCCAGUCAUUUGAAUAUAGACAAACCCGUGAUUGAAUAUAGUUGAAUGACAACUGCAAGGAAGAGACCUGCAAUUUCUUCUCAAGAGUUAUUUGGGGAGGGAGUUUGUUAUUUACUUAUUUUAGUUAGUUUCAGGCUUCAGUUUACUUUGCUUUUGGAGAAAACAAAAAAGACUAGGCUAGAAGUUGCAUAUAGGUCUUUUAGUGGGGGAAUUCAACAUGGCAACAUGGUUUGUUGAAUGUGUCUCUACUAGCUAUUGGGUUUAGCUAUUUUCCAUCACACGAUAAAUGAUAAACCUGUUUGUUUUUUAUUG